UUUCGUUUUGAGAAAGAAGCAAAGUCAGAUUACUUUUCUUCAUGUUUACCAUCAUACUAUCACGGCUGUCUUCUCGUGGUGCUAUUUGAAAUUCCUGCCUGGUGAACAAGGUGUUAUCAUAGGUUUCUUGAAUUCAUUGGUCCAUGUUAUUAUGUACAGUUAUUAUUUCAUCGCGGCUCUUGGCCCUAAGUACAAAAAGUAUCUCUGGUGGAAGAAAUAUAUGACUUGGAUUCAGCUGGUGCAGUUUGCUUUAAUGUUAGUCUACUUAGUACUAACAUUAAUCUUGGAUUGUCGAACACCAAAAGCUCUAACUUAUUUCUUCACAAUAGUCGUAAUAAUCUUCAUGUACCUAUUUAGUGACUUUUAUCGUCAAGCAUAUAAAAAGAAAAUAACUUAAUUAUGAAUGUUACAUGUUGCAAACAAUCAGUAAAUACAAAAAAAUAAUUUAAAUUUAUUUAUAACUAAAUUUUUUAUACAAAUAAUAAUAAUAAUAUUAUUACGGAAACAUGAAACUAAGUGGCUACAGUCUACAAAGUGUGCAGUAAUGUUCAAAUUGUGUCAUUAAUUUUUUAACAAUAAAAUGAUAGCAAAAGUGUGUAAUAAAUAGAUGUACAUAUAGAUAUAUGUAAAUAAAGAGAAAAUGAGAUUUAUAAUUUAUAGAAUCUCUAUGUAGCUUAUUUUU